GCGCACAAAUCAGUUGACAAAUGGCCUCUCGAAAACAAUCAAUAAAAUUCAAUAUUGUCAUGUUUGAUAAUUACAAGUGCAUAAUAUUUUUGUGAAAAAGAAAACAGUGUAUUAAUUAGAAAAAACUAAAAAAUGCCACCACGCGGAGAAGAAAUUCUUAAAGGAUUUCAAGUAAAUUGGAUGAAUUUGCGAGAUGCUGAUACAGGAAAAACUCUUUGGCAGGGAAACGAAGAUUUAUCUGUACCGGAAAUGGAACACGAGGCUCGAGUACCGAAGAAAAUUCUUCGAUGUCGAGCAGUUUCAAGGGAAAUUAAUUUUAGUUCAGUGGAGCCAAUGGAGAGAUUUCGACUCGAGCAAAAAGUUCUUUUUAAAGGACGAUGUUUAGAAGAAUGGUUUUUUGAAUUUGGUUUUGUCAUUCCAAAUAGUACAAAUACAUGGCAGAGUUUAAUUCAAGCUGCGCCGGAAAGUCAAAUGAUGCCAGCAAAUGUUUUAAAUGGCAACGUUGUGAUUGAAACAAAAUUUUUUGAUGACGAACUUUUAGUAUCAACGAGUAAAGUACGACUUUUUUAUGUGUAAUAAAUUUUGGUCCUAAAUUUUUGCUAGAAUCCAGAAAUGAAUCCUGGGACCAAAUAGUAAAGGGGAAAAAAAAAUCGCACUGAAAUGUUGAAUUGUUUUUUUCUUCACAAGCACCAAAAUUCAAAGCAUUUAUGGAUGUAUCGAACGAAAUCUUUAAGAAACGAAUCGCACAUAUAAAUAAUAUAUAUAUAUAUAUAUAUAUAAAAAUUGCAAUUCUUGUUGUUUAUGAAAAGAAAAAAUCGGAAAAACAUACAAAAGUUACUAUAUAUAAUAAGAAUGUGAUUCCUUUACCAAAAAAUUUGUUCAUUGACUUCUAGAAUCAAUUUUUUUUUUUUGAAAUAAUAAAAUUUAAAAAUCUACUAAAAAUUUUUCCACGAAAUUGAAAUAGACAAAUUUUAAUUGGCAGUAAUAUUUAUAUAUUAUAAUGCUAGUUAGACAUGUAACAGGGAAAAAAUUGAUUUUAGAGUUCGACGAUUAAUUUUUGAGGUUAGAUUUUAAUUAACUUAAAUAAAUUUAAGUUAGAGAUGUAGAUUUAUGAGAUUAUUUAUUUUGUAUAUAUCGUAUAAGAAAGAAAACAACGAAUUUUAAAAACAAGAAUUCGAUUACAAAAAUUUUUUAAAUGUAAAAUUUUUGAAUAAUAUUCCUCAAGAUUGUCAAUUUUUCGCAAAUUUUAAAAAUUGAAUACUCCAAAUUAGAUGAAAGUGACGAAUUUUAACAAACUGUUGAAAGUACAAUAUCAAUUUUACAAAGAAAACUUUGUAAUAUAUGUUUUUUCUGUGAUUGAAAUUUCAUUUUUUUUUUUUUGACAUGUUAUUGUAAUUCGAAAAGCAUUAGAAUUGAAUGUUUUUCUAAUUGUCAUGAAUCAUUGUCUACGAUUUGUAAUCAGAAUAAAAAGAAAACUUCUUUACUGAAAUAAU